AUGGCGGAAUUAAACGGUGUUCCAGCAACGCUAAACACGAUGGCUGAAGAAGUUGUAGUGCAAAAUGAUUGUGAGUAUAACGUCACUAGUCCUGCACCGCCUGCAGAUCAAAAUUUACAAAUAAAUCUAGAUGGCGACGGUGGCAGUCUCAGCGCACCACAAGAAUUGCUAAUCCAUAGCAGAAAAAAACAGCUCCGUUUACAGCAACUAGAAGAGACCAUGCGUUUAAGAGAAGAGUAUUUACGGGAAAAAUUUCGCAUUUUGAACGCAGAAGAUGCAGACGAGGAAAUAGAAGGUCCAUGUGUUAUUGGCCCCACCAAAAUGUGUGGAACUAAUGUGAGCGGUAACACAGCAUUUUCUCCUACUCCAGUGCAGCCUGUACAAAAUAACAGAACCAACAUAUGUCCAGCGCGUGAGGUACCGGUACAUACAGUUAUGCAGUCACCACGUCAGCCGUCGACGCGGACUGCGGCAGAGCGUAGUCAGGCCUUACAUGUAGACUGCAACGGUAAUUCGCCAAACAUAUUUACAACGUUCACAGCACCAACAAGUACAGCACGUUCGCCAAAUCAGGUAUUCGCAACUCAAUCAGCCGAUACCUGUAAUUUGACGACUUCGCAGUUUGCAGCGCGGCAAUGCGUGCCAAAAGACUUGCCGGUAUUUAGCGGUGACCCCCAAGAGUGGCAUAUUUUUGUUAGUGCAUAUGAACAGAGCACACAAAUGGCUGGUUACUCUCAUCAUGAGAAUUUAGUUCGCCUUCAAAAAUGUCUACGUGGUAAGGCUAGGGAGGUCGUGCGCAAUUUACUGGUAUUACCGGAGAUGGUACCUGAUAUUAUAAAUACGCUCAGAAUGUAUUUUGGACGUCCUGAGCAAAUACUUAGAGUACUUAUUGAUAGGGCGCGUCAAUUACCAUCGCCUAAGGGUAAACUUGAUCUACUCAUCGACUUUGCAUUUGCUAUCAAGAAUAUAGUAGCAAUAAUUCAUGCAAGCAAACUAAGCGGUUACCUCAACAGCCCAUUACUAUUGCAGGAAUUCGUUGAGAAGCUCUCUCAGGAGUCAAAACUUAACUGGGCAAUUUAUUCAACUGGCAUGAAUAACCCUUGCUUGGAAGAUUUUUCUACCUGGUUGUCCACAUUGGCUGAAGCAGCUUGCCGUGUUACGAAUCCGGCAUCACUCUCAGAGAAACUUAACAAGCGUGAAGCUCAUUUGCACACGCAUAAAUCUGAUGCCGUUUUAAAACAAUACGAAGAAGCAAAAUCUAUGCCCAGAUGCGCAAUGUGUAAUAACCCGCAUAAGGUUCCUCAGUGUGACCGGUUUAAAGCACUCACUAUGAAUGAGAGAUGGGACUUUGUUAAGAGGAAAAAUCUAUGCCGCCAGUGUUUGGGAACACACUCUCGCCGCUGCUGGAGUAAUAAGUCGUGUGGGGUGGAUAGCUGCACAAUACGUCACCACAGACUCCUUCACAAUUCUGAUGUUAACAAAAAUAGUGAAGUUUCAACGAUGCUGAAUAACCACCGUUCGAUUUCCAGCAACAACACCACAUAUUUUCGAAUCUUGCCGAUAGUUUUGUAUGGAAGAAAUAAAACAAUAUCCACAUACGCGUUUAUGGAUGAUGGAUCUACACUAACACUUAUAGAUCAAACACUUGCAGAUGAAUUGGGUGAGGCUGGCGUUCCCGAUCCUCUAUGCAUUCACUGGACUGGAGACAUAAACCGAUAUGAAGCUGAUUCGCAACGACUCGAUUUACGAAUUUCAGGUAAUAUUCAAGGUGCGAAAAUAUAUCCACUCCGAGGUGUUUACACGGUUAGUAGCUUAAAUAUGUCAUCAUCAACAUUGAUUGCUGACCAAUUGAAAACAAAAUAUGCACAUUUAAAAGGCAUUCCCUUGCCAAACUUUAUUGACAUAGUUCCUAAGCUAAUUAUUGGUGUAAAUAACCCCAAUUUGAUAAUGGCACAGAAGGUACGUGAAGGUGGAUGGCAAGAUCCCGUAGGGGCGAAAACCAGAUUAGGGUGGACAAUUUUUGGUGGCGGUAAUAAUCAGAGUAAAGGUAACGGAUUAAACUUACAUAAAUGCGACUGUGAGAGCGAUAACAACUUGCAUGAACUCGUAAAGUCCUUCAUGUUGAAUGAAAAUAUUGGAAUUUCAGUGCCAAAGGUAAAUCCAGUUUCAAUGGAAGAUCAACGAGCCAUAGAAAUUUUGGGUAACUGCGAGUUGCAUGAGGGUCAGUACACCGCGAGCUUGCUGUGGUCAAAUGAUAAUAUACGAUUGCCAGACAGCUUGCCAACAGCUCUUCGUCGCUUUAAGUGUCUGGAACGUAAGUUAUCUAGCAAUCCUGAACUACAACGCAAUAUGCAGAAACAAAUUGACAACUUAGUUAAGAAAAAUUAUGCGACCAAGUUACCGAACGAAGCUAUAAAUGAUUGUGGUGAUAAAAUUUGGUAUUUGCCGGUUUUUAUUGUUCGCAAUCCGCACAAGCCAAAUAAAAUUCGACUUGUGUGGGAUGCAGCCGCAAAAUCUAGAGAUGUAUCCCUAAAUAAUUUCUUACUGAAAGGACCAGAUAUGUUAACUCCACUAGUAAAUAUAUUAUUCAACUUCCGAAUGGGUAGAAUCGCAAUAUGCGGUGAUAUCGAAGAAAUGUUCCACCGCAUUAAGUUACGACACCCAGACGCAGAUGCUCAGCGUUUUCUCUGGCGUACUAACAUGAAUGAUCCGAUAAACGUGUACAGGCUCAACGUUUUAAGUUUUGGGGCUUCUUGUUCUCCAUGUAUAGCGCAUUACGUGCGAAACCUAAAUGCUUCGGUACACGCUGCUCAAAAUUCUCAGGUAGCGUGUGCAAUAAAGAAUCACCAUUACGUCGAUGAUUUUAUUGAUUCGAUUCAAACCGUCGACGAAGCUAUCAAAUUGGCAAAAAAUGUUCGAGAUGUUCACUCCAAAUGUGGUUUCAACAUGCGUAAUUGGUCAAGCAAUUCGCCAGAUGUUUUAGCAGCGCUUAAUGGAGAUGGGGAGCCACAACUUAAAUCAUUUGACUGCAGUAAGGAUGUCAUAAAUUUCGAAAAAAUACUUGAUGACUGUAAAGUACAACUGCAUACGUUCGUAGACGCAAGUGAAAAUGCAUACGCUGCCGUAUCAUAUUUUCGUAUUGAAGCUGGUGGUCACAUCGUCAGUAGGUUGGUGGCAGCUAAAGCAAAGGUCGCACCGUUGCGCCCGCUCUCAAUACCACGACUGGAACUACAGGCUGCGGUAAUUGGUGCACGUUUAACAAACAUGGUUGAGGAAGCACAUCAUAUAAAAUUUGAGAAACGUUGCAUCUGGAGCGACUCAAAAACCGUUCUGAAGUGGCUUCAUGGUGAUCCGCGUAAAUUUCAACAAUUUGUAAUGUUUCGUAUCGCUGAAAUCCAAGAAGCAACUGCUAUCAGUGAAUGGCGUUGGAUACCAACAAAAAUGAAUGUCGCUGAUAUUGCUACGAAAACGAGGCCUUGCAUUGAGGUAGCUCAUCAGUGGAUAAAUGGUCCCGCCUUCCUUACUUUACCUACUAAAGAGUGGCCGGAGCAAGAAGAUCUGGGUACGGUGAACCCUAGCGAAUUUCGAGCUAAGCUUCUAAUUCACAACGUGCAAAAGGUAAAUAUCAACUUUGAAUAUUUUUCGAAUUGGAUUCGACUAUAUAGAGCUAUAGCAAACUGUGUGCUUUACAUCGAAAAACUUAAACAACGGCUCCAAAUCACAUCGGAAGGCAGUCAUCUAACCGCAUGUCAUUUUCGGCGUGCAAAACUGUUUAUUUUUAAGACAAUCCAAAUGGAACAUUUUGAUGACUGGUCAUUGCUUAAAGUUGGUAAGCCUGUAUGUAAAACUGGUCCGCUACGAAACCUGCAAGUUUAUAUGGACGACGAGCAUCUCAUUCGCGUGAAAAAUAGGGCAACAUAUUUUCAGUCAUGCGACCAGCCUCAACGUGAUUUCAUUGUUCUACCACCUGGUCAUCGAGUAACCUAUCUUAUAGUAGAUCACUAUCAUCAACGCUUUUACCAUAUUCAGCACGAGACAGCCUUGAAUGAGGUAAGACAAUUGUUUUUUAUACCAAAACUGCGAUCGUUAUUUAAAGCUGUGAGGCGAAAUUGCCAAGUAUGUAAACUCGCGAACGCCGCUCCGCAAGCUCCACAAAUGGCGCAAUUACCCAUAGCCCGGCUUGCCGCAUUCUCUCGUCCCUUUACGUAUGUUGGAAUCGAUUACUUUGGGCCGAUCUUAGUUACUGAAAACCGCAAGGCGAAGAAGAGGUGGGGAGUAUUGCUGACCUGCCUGACAAUAAGAGCUAUACACAUAGAAAUAGCCCAUUCUCUAAGUACUGACUCCUGUCUAAUGUGCUUGCGAAAUUUCAUUGCUCGCCGUGGCUGCCCUGUUGAAAUAUAUAGCGAUAACGGUACGAAUUUUCGCGGGGCUGAUAGCUUUUUAAAAGACGAGUUGCUUAAACUGAAUGCUUCUAUAGUAGAACGCGAACUUGCUCACAAAGGUAUCGCCUGGAAGUUUAAUCCACCAGCUGCACCUCACAUGGGUGGAGCAUGGGAACGCCUAAUAAGAACAACAAAGACAGUGCUGUAUAAGAUCUCGCCGUCGCAAAGAUUCUCUGAUGAAAGUUUACGUUCGGCUUUGCUGGAGGUGGAGAUGAUCAUUAAUUCUCGACCGCUGACAUAUCUAUCGCUCGACUAUGAGGACCAGGAACCGAUUACCCCAAACCAUUUUUUAUUGGGCAGUUCAAAUGGAGCCAAGCCGUUUUGUAAACCUGAAGAAAUUAGCUUAAAAAUGAAUUUACGUCAAAGCGAGAUGUUUGCGAAUUUGUUCUGGCGUCGAUGGGUACGCGAAAUGAUUCCAUCACUUACACGUCGCAGUAAAUGGUUUGAAAAAGUGAAACCCAUAAGCGAGGGUGACAUCGUAUUGAUUGUCGAUGAAAAUGCAGAAAGGAACACUUGGCUAAAAGGUAUAGUCGUCGAAACAACGAUGGCAAAAGAUGGACAAGUAAGGCGUGCUAAAGUCACGACCAGCAGUAAAGCUUGCAGUGCUCGACAUCGGCAAAGACAAGGCAAGCUCCGAAGAUUCGUCCGCUUACCGGGGGGACAUUGUUGCCGACUUAAGCAACCCGUAAAAAUUUACGAAUAA